CUACAGGUGAUGUGAGAGAAAAUAGGCUGCUACCAUGAAUGUGACCAGGAAUGUGGUAGGCCUUUUGGCUUUGAGCCAGCAGGAAGAACUAGUAGAUUUGCCAAACCAUUACCCAUUGAGUACAAGUGAAGAUGAGGGGGACAGUGAUGGAGAAAGAAAGUGUCAAAAGCUUCUGGAAGCAGUCAGUUCCCUUGGUGGAAGGAAUAGUUGGAAAUUGGCCGAGAGAUCUGAAGCUAGUCUUAUCAUGUCAGAGUUCAAUGUCACUUCUGAAGGGUCAGGUGAAAAGUUGGUUCUGUCAGAUUUGCUUGAACCUGCUGCUACAUUGUCUUCAUUGGCUACUGUGAAAAAACAACUGCUUAGAGUCAAGUCAAAGACUCUGGAUAUACCCCUUGGCAAAAAAGAGGCUGACCAGAUCCUCAGGGAAGCGGCAUUCAGCAAAACCUCACAAAUGCUCUCCAAGUGGGAUCCCAUCGUUCUGCAGAACCGGCAAGCAGAACAGCUGGUUUUUCCCAUGGAGAAGGAGCUGCCAGCUGUUGCUCCCCUUGAACAUGUAUUCACUGGCUGGAAAACAAGAACCCCCUUGGAGCAAGAAGUUUUUAACGUCCUUCAUAAGAACAAACAGCCAGUAACAGACCCUUUAUUGACUCCUGUGGAAAAAGCCUCCCUCAAAGCCAUGAGUCUGGAAGAAGCCAAGAUACACCGAGCAGAGCUUCAGAGGACACGAGCUUUGCAGUCCUACUAUGAGGCCAGAGCUCGAAGAGAGAAGAAAAUCAAAAGUAAAAAGUAUCACAAAUUUAUAAAGAAAGGGAAGGCCAAGAAAACCUUAAAAGAGUUUGAGCAGCUAUUGAAGGACUGCCCAAGUGCUGCAUUGCAAGAACUGGGAAAAAUGGAAGAGGCCAGAGCGAAGGAACGAAUGACCCUUAAGCACCAGGGCAGUGGAAAAUGGGCCAAGUCAAAGGCAAUUAUGGCCAGAUAUGACCUGGAGGCUCGCAAAGCUAUUCAAGAGCAACUGGCAAAGAACAAAGAACUGACACAGAAACUCCAGGUGAUUCCAGAGAAUGAGGAGGAGGAAGAGGAAUGCACAGGAGGAGGAGUAAUCCCUACCUCUGAUGGAGUGAAGGACCUACAGGUGAAUGCAGCUGGUCUAAAUCCCUGGAUGCUCAAGAGUUGCAACAGCAGUGCACAAAGGGGUGAGAUCAAGACUGACCCUGAACAGCUGGCUAGUGGGUCUUCUGAAAGUGAGGGAGAUGAAAGACCAGUGGCAGAAGAACUUUUGUUGAAAGAAAGAUCUUUUCAACAAAGAGUUGAACCCAACAGUGCUAAGCCAGUGGGUAGCCAAGAAACAGAAGACUCUAGUGGCCAGGAGGUAUCUGAGCCAGGGCUAUUGUUUCAGAAACUUCACAAGGAAGACCAUCAAUCUGAGCAGCAAAAAGGGAGUUCAGUGGGAACUGUUCUCCAGAGCCAGAGAGAAGAACUUGCCCCGGAGGAGAGCCUGGUGUUUCAAAAGCUAGAGAGAGCACAUGUUCUGGAAGAACAAGGAGAGUUGGGCAAAGAGGGACAUUAUCAAAAAGAGGGGCAUCCCAGACCUAUGUUAAAAGAAGAGUGGAAGGAGAGGAAUCCACACAGUAUACCUGAUUCCUCUAGAAGAAAGAAAAAGAAGGAACAAAUGAUUGACCUACAGAAUCUCCUAACUGCUAGAUCUCCUGUGAAGUCUUUGGCAUUGCCCACAGUAGAGGAGUUGGAAGAUGAAGUGGAGAUACACCACAAGCAGAUAAUAAAGGAAGCUUUUGCUGGGGAUGAUGUCAUCAGAGAGUUCUUAAAAGAGAAAAGUGAAGCUGUAGAGGCAAAUAAGUCAAAGGAUUUGGACCUGACAUUGCCUGGAUGGGGUGAGUGGGUUGGUGUAGGCCUGAAUCCCAGUGCCAAGAAAAGACGCCGUUUUCUUGUUAAAGCUCCUGAAAGUUUUCCAAGAAAAGACAAGAAUUUGCCAAAUGUGAUUAUCAAUGAGAAGCGCAACAUCCAUGCAGCAGCUCAUCAGGUGCAGGCUGUUCCACACCCAUUCACCCACCACCAGCAAUUUGAGAGGACUAUCCAGAACCCUAUUGGGUACACAUGGAACACCCAGAGGGCCUUCCAAAAGCUGACAGUUCCCAAGGUUAGCACCAAACUAGGGCAUCUCAUUAAGCCCUUAAAAGCAGAAAAUGUGGGCUCCUGCUCUUCCUCAAGGUCCGAUCUCUCUGUCCUACAGAGCAGUCGGAAGCAGCUCUCCAGAAAGCAGCUAAAACAGCUGAAGAAGAGCUCUGCACAUUGAGCUGCUAAGGACUAGCUUCUUUGUUCUUGGGACUAGGAACCUUGAAUGUUUCUCUUGGUUGCUUCAUAGUGCUCCAGGCAUUUCCUAAAUUGACAGAAUACUGUGUAGUUAAGCCACAUUAUAGAGAUAAGACAUUUUUGUCUAGUAAAGAGCUCCCAUUUCAUUUUGAGUUGUGAUAAAGUCAGAAAUGAUCCAUUUAUGGGCAAAAUGACUACCACUAGUUAGUAUAUACUUCCUAUCCUAGGAUUAAAGAGAGAUCAGUGAGUAGGCUGAAAAGUUCAGGCUAGAACAUGGCAGAGGAAGUCUGGGCAGCAAAGAAUGAUCAAUUAGUUUUGAUAUUUAAGUUUAGAUAGCUCCUGAUGUAGUGGUUCAUAUAUGUAAUCAAGCAUUCUGAGAGGCAGAGACAAAAAGAUCAUUUAGUUGAGGCUAUAGAGUACUUGGUUUAAGAAACAAACAACCCCAAAAGUAUUUUAGAAAGAACAAAUUUAGAGAUUUGGAGAACACAAUGAAAAUAGAGGUGAAUAGAGUUCAUUUAAGAAUAAAGUGACAUCUGUGACCAGGUCAUACCCCUGGGGCAAGGGAGGCUAGAAAGGGGUGAACAUAGUAUUUACUGUAAUGGAAUACAUUCUAUGGAAAAAAUUGAGUAGGGCAAAUCUAUUAGAAGAGGCUUUAGACUUAGGAUCACAAGAAUUCCUAAAUUUAUAAGGUAGAUGACAAUGCCAAGAAAGUUAUAUAUAUGAAAGUUGUCAUCUAAAUUAUGAAAUUUUUUCCUCUCCCACUAGUUGGGCCUCAAACCUUGACCUCAGCUCAUCUAUGAAAGGGAUCUACCACUGAGCUACAUCCUUAGUUUUUUUUCUGUUUUGGAGAGGGCCUUGAGCUGUCUACCUGGCCGCCACCUCCCUAGUAAACCUCUGGGAUCGAUAAUGAUUUUUUCCUAUGGUACUGGAAUUGAACUCAUAGGUCUUAUGAGUUCUGUUUAUGAGCUCUGUUAACAAGCUGUAUCUGCAGCUGCCUCCGCACAUUUGGAAGUGUGUCCCUCUCCCCCCAGGGAAUUUUUUUCUCCUUUAUUUUUAAGACAGUCUCAUUAAGUUGUCAGGCCAGGCUUGAACUCGCCAUGUAGUUCAGGUAGACCUUGAACUUAGAAUCUUACAGCCUAAGCUUCCUGAGUAGCUAGGUUUAUAAGCAUGUAUCACUGUGCCCAAGAACUCAUUUAACAUCUGUAAUUCACCUUGUGUCUGUUUUCUUGGACAUAUACAUUCAUUCACCCACCUACUCAUCCAUGUGAUGCUUGCUUCACCAGGUUCUGUGAUGAUGGCCACUAGGGAUAGAAUGAGUAAGAGACAUUGUUCUUUCGUGCAUAGAGAAGAUGGGCAUUAAGUAGUUUUAUAAGCAGUUAUAUCAAUUAUAAGCACAAUAGGUAUUGCUAAGGCAAAAUGUAGAAAGUGGGGAGAGUGGGAAACUUGGGUUAAGUGGUGGUGCACAAAUCCAAUAGGAGAGAGAUGUAGCAGGGAGGUAGGGGAAAGUGGGCAGCAUACUAGUUCAGAGACUUGCCAUUGGGGACAGUACACAAGGCCCAGAGGGUGAUACCUUGUGGAGAGUCUUAAGAUAAAUCUGGGCCUUGUAUAAGGCAUCAGAUAAGAGAAACAGGCUCUAAGCUGACAGUAAGGUGGGAAAAUUAGGGAACUUGGAGAUAGUGCUGUGUCAACUGACAGGCAGUGUUUCUUGGGUCUCACUUAACUACAGAAAGGUUAGUUUUAUUACUACAAGACACAGAAGGAGUUAACAUUUUUCUUACUGUGUUUUGCAUUAUAUGACCAGGAAUGUUAGGAUUUAUCAGUUAUUUUUAGUCAAAUUAAAAUAUCCAUAAGAACCUAACUAUUAUGCCCAAUUAUAAUUUAUUGUGUUAGUUUUGGGAUUACUCACUUACUGAGGUUAUUGAGAAACUUUUCAGCCAGAUUACAUAAAAUUUAGAAUUUAUAGAAUCGUAUGCUUUGCUUUUUUGUUGUUGUUAUGUACUCCAGGCUGUUCUCAAACUCACAAUCUCAAAAUCUGCCUGUCUUUGCUACCAAGCCUGGCCCUAGUUGUAUGUUUUGAGUGAGGUCCUACUAUGUAGCCCUGACUAGACUAAAACUCAAUAUGAACACCAGACUGAAUUUGGACUUGCAGCUAUUCUUCUGCUUCAGCCCCUUCCCUCCCUCUCCUUUCUUCCCUCUCCCUCCUUCCUUCCUCAUGACAAAGUCUCUCUAUAUAAUCCUGGAUGUCUUAGAACUUGCUAUAUAGACCAGGCUGGCCGGAACUUACAGAGAUCCACCUGCUCUGCCUCUUAAAUUCUGAAAUCAUCCUGAGCCACAAUUCAAGUUGUAUGUUUAGAACAGAAAUAUUUUCAAGUUAGUGUUUGGAUUUUCCAGGUUCUAUUUAGUUUCUUGUUUAAAAAAAAAAAAAGUCAUGAACUGACUCAGUGGGUAAUGAUUUUUAGUAUAUAAGUUUUGUUCCUGUUUGAAUGUGUAGAAAUCAUUAUGCACAUGUUUCCUUAAGAUUUUCCUUGAUUACACACAAUAUAUGUCCUCUAUGAAAAAUAGAAAAUAUGUAAAAACAUAAAGAAGACAAAUUAAAAGACUCAGUACUAAUUCUAUAUCCCAAAUAUGGCUACUGCUGAUAUUUUGGUGUUUUUUUGUUUGUUAACAAGUGAAACUAUAUAGUGUAUAUUUAAUAUUCAGCCUACUUUUCCUUGUCAUUAUGUCACAAGAAUUAUCGUGUUAAUAGAUGUUUGAAAUAUUUUUAGUGGCUAUAUAAUCUAGUUAUGUACAUGUCAUAGUGUGUUUGACAUUCCCAGUUAUUGUGUAUUUGCCUUUUUUCUUGAAUGCCCGUUACAAAUAAUUAGUGGAAAUAAUUUUCUUAAAGAUUCCUAGAAGUGCAAAUACUGAGUAAAGAAUUUGAAAAAGCUGAGUGCUUUUAAUAAAAAUCACAAACUUCCUUCUCAA